AUGAUCGAACUUACUCCUCUUGCACAACGAAUUCUUGCUAAAAUAAAACUCCUUAAAGAAACCGACAAGCUUAACAAAGUCCUCAGAAAAGUUGACAAAUAAGCUUAAUCUCAAGAAGCAGAAAUAAAGCAAUUAUUAUACUCCCGAAGAGGAAGGCCAAGCUGAAUGCGACCAUUGCUUCUGCCCUCAAGUCUAGCAAAGCUAGGCGUGGGCCAAGAAAGAAGAAAUUUAAUUCAUCCAUGAAAUUACUGAACUUAAAAGAGAUAGCGACUAGAAAGCAAGGACUUCCUCCUUCCAGUACACAGGCAGUCUUGAAAAAGGUAAUUCGAUCAAAUACCAAUCAGAUGCAGGAUGUCAGAUUUGGGACCCUAGAUAGUAUUAAAAAUAAUGACAAGACUCCUUCGAAGUUCUUUCCUAAUAAAUCAUUGACAGAGAAGCUGAAGAGGAGUCAUCAAAGGGAGUUUUUAUAAGAGCUGAUACACUAAACUGGUCCCAAAACUCAACCAAGAUUCCGAAGAUGUUUCUACAGAGAAAGACUAAACUUAAGCCAAACCAUUUUAAGAAAUUUGGAAAUUCAUUCGGCCGCCCAAAAGAAGGUUUAGUAGGCCUCUCGAAACUUCUGUUCGACCAGAAAUAAGAGACAAGAAAUUGAGAUCAAAAGAAGAUUCAAGGUUAUAAACACUCAUGAUGAGAAAUAACGGAGCAUAUAUCACUAGGCUCAGAGCUUCCCUAUCCAAGGCUGAUAUUGUAAAUGAAGUUAAAAUGCUGGAGAACUGACGCAUAAUGCCUACAACGCAUUCAGUAGUUUUGACCUCCAAACCUCCACAUGUAUCAGCAGAGAACAUCUACAACAACGUAGUUUAUGAUAUGGUUCGGAACAGGAAAAAAAACUGGAGAAGUAGAUCUGCCAUGUAUCCUCUUGCAAAAGAUAACUUUGAAGAGAUUCCUGAAUACCUUGAACGUAACAAGCUUGAGCUCCAGACCAACGUAUUCUCCACUGCCAAAUCAGUAAUGCAAGAUAUUAAGAAAAAGGAGAAAGAGAAGCUUAAAGAUGCCACACCUCAGAACAACAUUGACUCUGUAGUGUCUUUCCAGAAACUUCAAAUCACUGAGAUUAAUAAAAUAAUCAAAGGCUUGGUUCUUCGGGGAGAAGCCUCUAUUAAACAGAUGAAAAAUGACUUCCUAAUUGAAUGCCACAAGUUCAUUAACAAUUUUGAGAAUGAUGUGAAGAAGUUACGCAAGGAGUGAAUCAAGAUCUCCAAUACAGGGCCUAUAGACAUUGCAGCCAGUAACUUCUUGUCUUCCUAUAAUACCUAUGAAAAUGUUCUAUCUUCAGGCCACAAAGAACAAGCCGAGCUUAUAUUUCAGGAGAAACGGAAUAUUCUAAUCAGAGAUUACAUCUCUAAGAUCAAUGAUUUUGAAGCUAAGAUCAUAGGCAAAAAGCAACUUGUUAACAAAGAGUACGAAGAACAAACUAUUCAGAAGUUGUAUAAAUUAUUUAAUGACGAAUUGACCAAGGAAGUAAGGUUAUUCUAAAAA